AUGUGCAAAGAGCUGGAUGGUUUAAAAGCUAUGGGCAUGUGGGAGAUCAUUGACCUCCCCAAGGGUAUGCAUGCUGUCGACAUGUGUUGGGUCUUAAAGAUCAAAACAGAUGCAAAUCUAAUCCCAACAAAGUUCAAGGCAAGACUGGUGGCAAGAGGCUUCACACAAAGAGAAGGCAUCAAUUACACAGAGGUGUUCACACCUGUGGCACCCAUUCAAUCAAUCCAAGGAGUUCUAGCCAUAGCAACAGUGCAAGACUGGGAAGUAGAUAGUAUUGACAUCAAGCAAGCAUACCUAAAUUCAACAUUACAUCAUGAUGUUUUCUUGAAGCUGCCACUUGGAACAAAGAUCCCCUCUGGAAAGGCCCUAAAGCUGAUGAAGGGACUAUAUGGACUGAAGCAAUCAGGCUGA